AUGGCAGAGGAAGAAGGCAAUGUCAAUGAGGAGGAUGUGUUUUUGGCAUUUGCCCAACAUCCCUCUCCUCCCAGGGGUCCAGUACGUUGGUUCUUAGAUAAAGUCUUCUUUACCUUCCUGAUGCUCACCUUGCUACUACUGAUGCUGGAGGCUAUUUGUAGGUUGCUGUGGCUGCUGCCAUGGGAACAGUUUGGGGACUGGCUUCUAGGAACACCAUGGAAGGAGGAGGAGCUGGAAUUGUGA